CUGUCCAAUGGAGGGAGGCGUUGGUGCGAGGGGGCGUCGCCAUCUGCGGGCGGCUGGGACUCCAGCCUCGGUCGCCGGAGGGAGCUAGGCAGGUGGGUUUUAAGUCGCGUCACCUCUGGUCCCGCGGCCUUGCCUCCCGCUCCCGCCACACCCCCGGCCACGAUGCCGCAGUACCAGACCUGGGAGGAGUUCAGCCGUGCGGCCGAGAAGCUCUACCUCGCUGACCCUAUGAAGGCACGUGUGGUUCUCAAAUAUAGGCAUUCUGAUGGGAGUUUGUGUAUUAAAGUAACAGAUGAUUUAGUUUGUUUGAUGUAUAGAACAGACCAAGCGCAAGAUGUAAAGAAGAUUGAGAAAUUCCACAGUCAACUAAUGCGACUUAUGGUAGCCAAGGAAUCCCGCAGUGUUGCCAUGGAAUCGGACUGAAUGGUUUGAAAUGAAGACUCUGUUAUGUUCUGCGGAAGUAAAUAUCUUUUGAAUUUAAGAAAGCGUUGGGACAGAAAAUACUUUAUGUAACUGAGUGGGCUAUUGAGAAGCCAAGAGAUCAGUUUUUGUACUUUCUCAUGUUUACUUUAGAGAGCUAGAACUGUACAUGCUUUCAGUUAGAAAGUAUUUAUUUUUAGAAAUUGGACAAGAAAUGCAUCUAUCUUGGAAACAUUUUUCAGAUUAUUUGAUGUUGAGCAACAUAUGUAAUUACUUCUCUGGUAAAUUUGUAUCAUUAAUUUGAAGAUAUCAAGAAAUGCCAGUUCUUCUUUAAAAUUAGCUCAUUUGUCUUUAAAAGAAAAUUAAAUGUAACCAUUUUGCUGGAUUAUAUAUUUCUUUUGGAGCAUAAAAUUUGUGCUGUUGAUAACCAAUAAAUGUAAAAUAUGGUAACUAGAAUUGAC